UUUUAACUGUUCAUCUUGAGAAAUCCAACGGCCUAUAAAAAGAGAAAGAAAAAUAAGAUUUAGUAGCCAAGCCAUUCACUGUGUGGGGUUCCAAAAAUUUAAGAUGCCAUUUGCAAUAGUCUCUUUUUUGUGUGCAUUACAUUUGGGACACAUGGUUAAAAAUGUCAAAGUUUUGAUCAUAUGAUUUCAGUUGCUUUCCCUACCUCUUUGAAUAUAUUUCACCCUUCUCCCCAAAUGGAAACUCCUUUUAAGGUAUAAUAAGCAGCUGUCACUUUUAAAAGCUUUAAAAACACAAUUUACAAAAUCAGCAAACCUGCUAUGGGAGAUCUUCAGAAAGUUCUUGACAAAGGAGAAUAUAUUCCCUUGAAAUCUGCUCCUGUAUUUGAAAGUAAAUUUGUUCAGGUAAAUAGGAAAGGUGGAUCAAUUUACCUUCAUAAUCGUCCCAACUAUGUGACUGUGGGCAUAUGUGCCUCUAGCACAAAAUUGUCAAAGCCAAAUGUCAUGUUGCUUGCCAAUUCAUCUCCCUAUUCCUCCAAAGAAGACCUUUCAGCCUAUCCACCAUCUACCCAACCCUCACAUUCUAAAGAAGAACUGGUACUCACCAGGUUCUUGCCUUUGCAGUUUGUAGAUCUCUCCAUUCACUCCGCUAAUAAGAAACGGCUGAAGCUUAAAUUGCUGAAUGGUCGCGCCUACUACCUAGAACUCUGUGCUUCACCACAGAAGCAGAGUGAGAUAUUCUCUCAGUGGGUACGGCUCAUCAAUCUGCUGAAAUCUAAAUCUGAAGGUCCUUCAAUUAAUACUCUUUACAAGGAUUUUGAAACUCAGGACGACAAUAAAGCCAUCAGGAGUAAAACAGGAAUACAAGAAAAAAACACAAUAGAAUCUUUUAAAAAUCAAGGAGCCAGUCAAGAGGCAACAGAACUGAGUAAGAAAGCAUCUUCCAAGCGUGUCACCUAUUCAGAUGUUGUAGGUUCUAUUGCAGAAUUUCAGAACAAGAGCCAAACAAUAGUAUCUUCUGACAGCUACAUGAAACAGCCCCAUGCAGACUCAGCGAAACAAAACAAAUUUAGUCAAGAAUUAAGGGGAACACCUACUAGAAAGAAAAAAUCUAGGGAAAGGGCAUCUUUUUCCAGAAGUGAAAAACGACUGCAUUCUUCAGGAAUCCUAAAAAAUAUCAGUCACUCUGAACUACUUUAUAACAAAUAAUAUUGAAAAAUUGUGCUGUCAUAUAAUUGAUAUGAAAAGAAACUAAGCUGAAGAUGCAAAAUGAAAGAAGAAAACAACGUGAUCAAUGUGAAAAUGGAGUAAAAGUCAGAAACUGUAUGAGUGUUCUCUUCCAGUAUAUAAAACUAUUGAAAUAUCAGUGUGCAUUUUGGGUUUUUAAACAAAUAAUUUACCCACAAGAAAAAUGCGUGUACCUGACGACUGGUGUUAAUUCUUUAUUUCAUUCUAAUUAAAUUAUUUAUCUACAAUAUACAAAAACUAAAAAAAAACCUUUAAAAAUACAAGAGAAAAUAAACACAAAUUAAAUCAGACUUCCUUCACAAAAUGUAUGAAUAACUAUAUUUUUAAUUAAUUAUUAAAGAUGUAUUCAUUAUUCACUGUUUCAUAAAAUCAUGAUAUCUCUUUCCACAUUUUCUGGUAUCCUUUUUCUAAUGUCAAAAGCUUUUUAAUGUUUUAAAGGCGCCUUUCUAGUUUUUAUUGUUUAAACAAAGCAAAAAUCUAUUUUUUAAAAAAUGCUUUUAUUUUAUAUAUUAAAGGCAAUGGUUAAUGUUUCUUUCCUAUCAUCUACAAUUGAUGGUUGUUGGAUUUCUUUGCAAAGUUUUGCUAUAAAACUUGUGCAUGCUUAAUAUAUUUCCUACCAUUUUACAUAGUUUAUUUGGAAAUAUCUUUACAUUUAUGAUUGAAUCAAAAGUCUACUUGCAACAUAGAAUUUCUUAAUCAUUUUUCUAUAAUUUUCUACUGAAAAAUCUUGAUUCCUAAUUUUAAGCCCAAUAAAAAUAUUUUACUGAUGCUUAUGGUCAUUUAUCAAACAAAUUUGUAAAUAGCCAGACAGGUAUACCAUACAGACAUUUUCCCACUUUAAAUAUAUAAAAUUUAUUUAUUUAUUUAUUUAUCCAGUAAAUACAAUAAACUAAGAUUUCUUUAUUCAUGGUUUACUGAAUAAGGUAUAUUUGUUUCCAGAACAAAGGAGACCAUAAAUAAUUAAACCAUUCUAUGAUUCAGCCACUGACUUUCCACUUCUGCUAUGUAUCCUGUUUCCCCCCCCCAAAAAGCUACUCCUCUUUUCUCAUGUAAUUUCAUGAGUGCUUACCUAUUGCUAUGCUUUCUCAAUGUCUCUCAGUGUGAAGAAGUUCCAGCACAGGCAUCACUUGGAAGAAAGAUCACUAAUAUUUUUAAUGGCUUUACAGAUAGUCCUUGACUUACAACAUUUCGUUUAGUGACUGUUCAAAGUUACAACGGCGCUGAACAAAGUGACUUCUGAUUGUUUUUCACAUUUAUGUCCAUUGCGGUAUCCCCAUGGUCAGUAAUCAAAAUUCAGAUGUUUGGCAACUGGCUCAAAUUUAUGCCGGUUGCAUUGUCCUGGAGUCAUAUGAUCACUUCUGCCACCUUCUGCAAAGUCAAUAGGAAGUCAGAUUCACUUAUCAACCAUAUUACUAACACUGCAGUUACUAAGUGCAGUGAUUCAAUUAACAACUGUGGCAACAGUUGUUACAUUUUGGGCUCAAUUGCCAUGGUGUGGUGAGGACUACCUAUAUUUACAAGUAUACAAUAGUAGCAAUGAAAACAAACAGGAUAUAGAUUUGCUUCCAUUGAAAAAAAACUGAAGAGAGAUACUGAGUAGUAGCAGCAGCAGUUGAAAUAUGAAUAGGAGUGCCAGUAGUUGGAACCCCAGAAGCUGAAAUGAAAAUAUCAGCUAUUUUUUUCAUUUCCUUUACUGCCUGUCCUUUUGCUGCCAAAGUACUAAGGACCAAUUUCAUCUUGAACUGAUGAAAGCAUUUAGUGAGAGAGGAAAUGGUCUUGUUUUUUUUCUAAAUGUUGGAUACAACAAAGCCUUGGCCCUCAGGUUACUGAGCAAGCAUUUUCCUGAUGAAGUUUAACUCAACAGUGGGCAGCUGGAAGUCGAGGGAUGCAUGUGCUCCAUUUAUCCCUUCUUUGCCAUCCAUUUUUUUUCACAUCCUGCAGACUUUUUCUGACAAGUAUUCUCUCCCCAAAAUGGCAAAGAUAGCAGGCUGAUGUUAUCAAAGUUUGAAAGUUAGACAAAAUCAAGUCUAGAAUGGGGGAUAUCCAGGAAGUCUACCAGCACUGUAUAUUAGACUGGAAAGUUUUUUUUAAAAACUAGAAAAAAUAAUAGCAGAUUAUUUACAUAUUAUUGCCAAGAAAACUGAACUCAGAAUCAUGCGCAUCCUAACUUUUUGUGGGAAAGUCAUGUUUUGUGAUUCGUGAUUUAAUGCCCAAUAGAUUAAAUAAAAAAUAAAAGGGAG